AUGGCGUCCAAUAUAAGCGCCAAUAAUAUUGAUCUCAAAUUAAUUAACAAUAAUAGCAAUGAAUCGCUUAAUUGUGUGUCAUUUCAACGCCAACCCAAUUGCGUGACGAUCGGUGGCAAUGGUUUUGAGGCCAAUCACCACAACAGCACCGCAAACGCCAAUCACCACAAGCACGCGAAACGUGUGAGUGAUACUAACUCCACGGCGAUGCCAACCAUGAACUCCACAUCUAAUGGCGAGAAAGUGGUGUCCAAGACAUCGGUCACGUCCGCCAACAGCCAUAAGACCUCCAAAACGAAAGUCUUAUUAAAUGGCGAUAAAUGUGUGAACAGUUUGUCGACAAAUGGUGUGCAGAAGUGCGCGAAGACUUUGACGGCAUUUAAGUGCAGUAAUAAAGUGACGGCGAGUGAGACAAACGGCGAGACAUCGGUGUCCGCGACGGCCAACAAUUGUCACAAUAAUAAUCAUAAGACUAACGACAGACACAAACCAAUGAAUGACCAAAACGUUUGUCUCAAUAAAUGUGAUAAUAAUGUAGUGAAACACCGGAAGUCAUUACAACUGUCGUCCAAACCAUCGAUGGUUACCGUAAGUGACGGUAAAGUGGAUAAGAAGUACGAGUCGAAGGACUUACUGAAGAUUAAGAGGAGUAAUAAUUGCGAGAAGAAGACACCGGACAGUAAUGGCGUCGAUAUCAAGAGGAAUAAAGUGUUAAAUAACGAUAAAAAUAACAAUUUAAGUGAUUUACGGGUUAGCACUUCCGCCGGUGAUGUGUCGGCGAAGCACUCGAGGAAUGAGUCGACCAAACAGUCAUUAAAUGAUUGCCAUAAAUGUGUUGACAUUAAGAGUGAGUGUGUGAACAGCUUCGAGACGACAAACGGGUUUCCAGUGAAUAGUAAUAAGAGUAAAGACGUGGUGAACAAACAGAUGAUAAACAGUUCCCAACAGACAAACGGUGGCACACCUGCGACCGCCAACGAGUGUCAGUCUAUGUCUAGUGGUGUCGACAAAAGCAAAGCCAUUGAGUCGACACAGAAAUCAUCGCACAAUCAGUGGUCGGCGGGAAAGCCGCUGAAGAACUCCAUGUGCUCGAAGUGUCGCCGGAAGUCUGUGUCCAACGUUCGCAUUCAGUGCAAAAUGGAUCAGUACUUGUCGUCGCAGUUGAGGACAUUUCCCGCGUCGAUAAGUCUGUCGCUUAUGACGCCGCGACUGCCACUGCCGGCGCCCGACCUCCUGAACCUGAAAUACGGGAAGUACUACCGCGUGGAGCACUACCCGAACGGUAUGGCAAAGGUGUUGCACCUGUAUUGGGACGAAAUCAUACAUUUGACGGCCGAUGAGAGGAAUGAGUUGUCGCUCGAGUUCCUGAAGGAGAGCUUUCGUGAGGAGAGCCCUAAUUGCGCCAAAUAUGUCAUCUCUAUUGUCCACAACGCCGCCUCCUAUAUGCCAGACCUCCUCGAGUUCUUCGCCUCCAGUGAGCCACACCUCACGGUUAAGGCGGGAGUGUUGGGCCACUCGGGCUCUGAUAUCGAGACGACGACAAUGCAAGCCUACAGAGAGAAUGUUUCAACCUUUACUUCCAUUAAGCAAUACAUUAGGUAUGAGAUGCGA